ACAAUUGCGUAAAAACUUGUGUAAUUGCGCUGUUCUACCAGGAAGAACUUAUGCAUAAGUGUCCGGGCUAAAGUGUAUUGGCUUUCAAGCAGGGCGCCUCCAUGAACAACCUGAAUGACCCUCCACGGUGGAACAUAGCGCCUGAGCCGCAGGGAGGUGCCGCUGACGGGGGCAAAUGGAACUACGCUCUCCUUGUGCCAAUGCUGGGCCUUGCUGCCUUUCGCUGGAUCUGGACGAGAGACUCCCAGAAGGAAAUAUAUGACGUGAAGACAAGACAUGACCGGGACGUGGCCUCCGUGACCCACGACCUGGAGCUGAAGUACCGGGACGCCCUGCGGGAGACCCAGCGCUCGGCCGCCGGCCUGGAGCUGGCCCUGGAGAAGGAGCGGCAUCGUGUGCAGGGCUACCGGCAGGCCCUGACCUCCCAGAGCCAGCAGCUCAUGGACGAGCGACGGCAGCUCGAGUCCCAGCGGCAGGCACUGGAGCAGGAGAAGACCCGGCAGCUGGAGUCGGGCGCGGCCGCCGAGCUGCUCCGCCAAGCGCUGGCCCGGGAGGAGGAGACGAGCCAGCGCGCCCAGGCGGCGGUGCGGGACCUGGAGGAGCAGCUGGUGGAGAGGCAGGGGGCCUUCUGCAGCCUCCUGCUACCCCGGGACCGGCGCUACGAGAUGGAGAAGAACCUGCUGCUGCGAGCCGCCAGACAGCCGGAGCUCCAGGAGCUGGAAGGGCUGGAGGGCGACCUCAGGGACAUCUUCAAGAACGACCGGUACUGCGCCGACGUGCUGAACAUGAACAAGCGUAAGAACGGCAGCCUCAUGUGGCUCUACCUCAGGUACUGGGAGCUGCAGGUCACGCUGCAGAAACACCAGCGGGCAGAGCGGGCACUAAAGGGAGAACCUGUCACCCCCCCACCCAAGUGACCUUUGCCCUGAAAGGAAAGCCAUAACCUGUUAGUGAUUUCUGAAGAUCCACCAUACCACAGGUCGUAGGUCACUACCCUGAUCCACCAUCCCACAGGUCAAAGGUCACUACCCCGAUCCAGCACCCCACAGGUCAAAGGUCACUACCCCGAUCCAGCACCCCUUCACUUCACUUUAGUUCACUUCUCUAGUCCUCCAAGAGAAUGGAAGUGGACGCAGCCAAGGUUGGUGAAGUUUUGCUGCUGGAUGGUUGAUCGCCCAGGGGAGAUUACCCCUGCCGCACAAACGCAUGGGCAUGAGCCAUUUAUUAUAAUCUUAUUGAGAUUAUAGGCUGACUGUCUCUAUAACACUAUCACUCCAAUGAUGGUCUGUUUGAUCAGUUUUAUUCCCGUAAAAAUGUCUUUGUUGUCUGUAUUUCUUCUCUCCACUAAAGGUGAAAAAUGCUGUAGAUAUCACUUUCAAAUCUUAUGUUAUCUCCUGAGAUUAAAUUGCUGCCAAUGGAAUCAUUUACUCAAUGAAGAUGAGGUUGCCGUGUGUGUUAUGUUGCACCUAGUCUUGUAUGGGGCCCAUUUGUUAUAUGAACAUGUUUCUUUCAUGUUUUUAUUCCUGUUUGUCAUUGUCAUCACUGAUGGAUUAAACAAUACAGUGUCCAAAGGAAAUGGCACUGUCUAGAUGAACACUA